AUGGAUGAAGAGAAAUCUGAAAUUCAAAAGAUAAGAGAAGCUUAUCGACAAAGAUCUAAGGUAGAUCCAGCUACUUCAUUAUACACAGGGAGUAGCAAAAGGGCUCGGUCAAAGCUGACAAAAGAAAAUAUGAAACAGUUUGAAAAGGAAUCUGAGUUAUCUCAAGUACUCUCAAGGAUGGAUGUCAAUAGUCCUCAAAGAGAUAACCUAAACAAGGCUGAGAUGAGAUCUACAUAUAAGCAUGAGAUGUUUACUAAAUCUAUCAAAAGCAAAUACUCAAAAAGAGGAGUAACCCCAGGACCUGGAAUUGCUUUAAAACUUCUUCCUAAGAAACUUGGCCCGAAGGAGAAAGAGUUUAAUAUUAUCUCAAAUAGGGGUAUUCAAGACCAUUCACCCUCUUCUAAGUUUUACUGGAAUGGUGUCCUAAAGACCCAGAAUAAGAGAGAUUAUGUAGACUACACCAAAAGUGAAUUUUCAUAUGAUUACAAUCGAUCUACAGCAGCUAAAAAGUUUUCAGCUCAUAGAAUUGUUAGAAAAUAUUUGAACUACUAUUCUCAACGUAAAGAUCAUGAAAUUCCUCCUUUCGUCAAAGAAAUGAUAGAAGAUGAAGAAAAAUUAAUUCAAAUAGUUGAAGAUUUACACCAAAUAAAGGAGGCAUUUGCAGAAAAAGACAUAUGCUUAAUCAAAGACGGAAUUUUCGAAACCCUGAUCAAAAACUUCGAACACCUAGACCUCUCCAAAAAGCGCCUUAUAACCCACAACUUCGAUUCUCUACUCAAGAACACACCUACCCCACUUCCCCAGUCCCUCAAGGACCAACUUCUCCUCAAACUAAAAGGUCUGGAUUCCUCCAGCAUCACCUACUCUCGCCUUCUCCAAUUCUACGAUCUCUCCAGGUUCAUCUCCCUCACCACUCAACCUCUCUCGCCCACCUACACUCCGACCAGCAAGCCUACGUACAACUCUCCUGCUUCCUUAACAACUUUCCUCUGGUCAAAGAUCGAGGAAAAGUACCGGAAGGCCAGCAAGGCCUUCCGGUUCUUUGACACUAAGAAGAGGAGUAAGAUCUCAAUGAAGGAUUUUGAAGCGGGCAUUGAGAAGCUGAGGAUUAAGUUACAUAAAGAUCAAAUACAAGCUAUAUUUUUGGAUGCGGAUCAGGAUAAGGAUAAGUAUUUGAACUAUAUGGAGUUUAUGAAGUUGAACCAGAAUGGGAAACUUAAGAAUAGAUUUGCAGGACAGACAACCAAGAUUGAUGUUAGUGCAGAAGGGAGCAGGCUAGCCCAGAGGAUCAAGUCUAUUGAUUCAAGAGGACAUAAUGUGUCACCCAAAAGCUUGCAUGAUGAUGAUCUGUCAGUAGCCAGCUUUUAUUACAAAGGAUACAGGUAUGGCGCAAGCAGAAUUGGGAGAAAGAGUUCAAGGCUUUCUAAUUAUUCCUGGAUCGAUAACCAAAAACAUGGCAUUCCUAGUAAAGAAACUGAUGAUAUAAAUGGAGUUAUGAAUCAUAGUUAUGUGUAUGAUAAUCUUAAUAAUGAAAUUAAGGAAAAAGUUAAAAGGCAAAAUGAGAUUAAAAAGCCUCUUUGCAAAGCACCGACUAAGGCAAGCAAACUUAGGGAUGACUACCUUAAAACUUGCAAAGAAAAGCUAGAAAAUUCACAUAACGAUCAACCAAAGGUAGAGUGGAAGAUUAGGAAAUUCCUGAGUAUUGGUCCUCAUGAAGACAUUGCUAACUCAAUCAGACGUCUGAAGAAACUCUCUCCAAAUAGAGUUCUUAAUAACUCAUCUAAUCUUCCAUUCGUAAACAACCAAGAGCUCUCUGCAGCACCUCUAAACCAGGAUGAUAAGAAGGAGAAAGAAAGGCUUCUAAACGACUACUACAUAAAGAAGCGAGAGAUGAGUAGCAAGAGGUCUAAUUUUUAA